AUGUCGCCGUCCGGGUCGCUCGCGCGCGCCGACUCGGCGUCCUCGAGCCCCCUCGCGAGCGAACGCGCGGAUUCCGUGGGCGAUUUACCGCGAAUUCCCCUCGGAUUCGGCGCCCCGACGCGAAAUCACGCGCGCACCGACAGCUCGUGCAGCACCGACGGCUUGAUCUCGCGCGACGUCGACGUCGAGCGCGCGCUGGGUGAUUUCGCCGAGACGUCGGACGGCGGCGUCGCGCGCGCGUCGACGUCGCCGCUCGCGCCGCGCGUCUCGCGGGGGAAAGUAUCGCGAGCGCUCGCGAGCGUCGGCGACUACUUCACCGAACGCGCGAACCGACGGUUGAAGUUCGCGGUCGCGAUCGCGCUGGUGCUGGCGCUCGUAGUGUUGAUCGGGAUGCCGCUCCGAGCGUGGACCAAGGGCUGA